UUCGGACACUGGCGCAGAGUGCUCAAGUCGAUAGAUGGAAGGUCGACGGUUUUCGUCCACGGACCGCCGGCGAAGUGCUGAUAUCCGAAAGGCAUUCCCACAGCUAUGUCUCCGUCUCUCAACCCGAACCAGGACAUGACCGCCUACGGCAGCAACGUGUCUUCCAUGCCGGAGUUCGUGACGCGAGACGAGCAACAAGAGUCGACGGCCAUCGAAGAAAAACUCAUGGUGGCUGUUAGAAUACGACCGUUACCUGCGAACGAAAUGGACAGAAGCUUAUACGUGGUCGAUUCUAAGACAAUAGUCGUGGAAGAAACGGACAAAGAAAGAGACGACGUACUGCGACAAAAGCGAACUGGCAAAAAACAGUAUGUGUUCGACGCUGUUUUCGGCGAAGAUUCAUCGCAGGACGACGUGUACGAAAGAACCACUAGAAAUUUAGUCAAAGAUAUUUUGGUCGGGUACAACGCCACUGUGUUUGCGUACGGAGCGACGGGCAGUGGUAAGACCCACACGAUGGUCGGACACGGUGGAGAGACGGGUAUCAUGGUCAGAGCAGUCAGUGAUUUAUUUGACACGGUGGCCAAAAACGCUUGUCGAUAUACAGUAAAGUUGUCAUAUUUAGAAAUAUACAACGAAAACAUACGAGACCUUUUGAAUCCGUCGUCGGGAUUCUUGGAGCUUCGCGAGGACUCGUCUAGAAGCCGCAACAUUCAAGUCGCGGGCCUUUCCGAAGUCGUCGUGGAAACCGUCGAUGAAGUGAUGGGACUGUUGAACCAAGGCAACCGACAGAGGACUGUAGAACCGACGGGAGCCAAUAAAACGUCUUCCAGGAGUCACGCUCUUCUCAGCGUGACGGUGAGCAAGUCGUCCAGAGCGUCGACUGCCGUGCGACAAGGCAGAUUGUUCAUGAUAGACUUGGCUGGUUCGGAAAGAGCCAGUCAAACAAAGAACCGUGGCAAGCGACUCAAAGAAGGAGCGCACAUCAACAGAUCCCUGUUGGCUCUGGGCAACUGUAUAAAUGCGUUGAGCGGAGGCACGAACCCGCGAUUCGUCAACUACAGAGACAGUAAGCUCACCCGGUUGCUGCGGGAAUCGUUAAGCGGCAACUGUCGCACAGUCAUGAUUGCUCAUGUUAAUCCGGCCGCUUCGCACAAGGACGAAACGCGAAACACGUUGAUUUAUGCCGCAAGGGCCAAUGGCAUUUCGCACAAAGUGGAACGCAACGUUUUGAACGUGUCUUUCCAAGUCAACCAGUACAGGUCGGUCAUAGCGGACCUGCGCAACGAGAUAUCGAGACUGAGGACCAAGUUGGACGAAGGCCGGACCAAAUCGUCGAACGGUCAUCCAAGUGAUACGCCCGUCAAUAAAAUCCGAGAUCAAAUAGUCACUACGUUCCGCGAGCAAAUGAAACUCAGACGAAAAUUAAUGGAUAUCGACGGGCAUUUGUUGUCGCUGGGUGUGGAGGCCGAAAGACAGCACCAGAUCAUCAGCCAGUGGGAAUCUAGGAACAACAAACUCUACUGCCGGAGGACGAGCAGUCAACGCAGGCCCGACACGAGAACUUCGAGCAAUACAUGUUCCUCGGAUAACGAUCAGCUGAACAUGCAUCAAGCGUGGACGGAUCUCAGUUACAUUGAACACGAACAAGAAAGGUACGUUGCCUUGAGGUCAAAGACGGUGAGCGAGCUCGACGAGGUCCGACAACACGCGGUGGCUUUGGAAAACAACCUUCCCAAGCGACUGGAUUCGGAGACGGAGCGGGAGCUAUUGUCGCUGAUCUGUCGCGUACACGAGUUGGAAGCCGACAAAAUGGCUUUGCAAGGAGAACGACUGGUCGAAUCGUACGAGCUGCGCCGGAGGGGUGACCUGCUGCACAAGAUGCACCGUCAACAGCGCAUUACCGACGACAUCAUAACCAAACAGCGUCAAAUCAUCGAAGGCGAAAACAUGCCACUGCCGUCCGACUUGAAAGAACUGUACAGAUCUUACCAACAGGAAAUCCACGCCAACUCGUACAACGCCGACGUCAACACCAUACCGCUGUCUUCGCUGCAGUCUAUCGACAAAAGUUUAGAAAAAACCACCUUGGACGACAAAAGGGUCACGGCGAGAGCAAACCCGUUCGCGACGGUCGACACGUUAACGCCGGAAUCGAGACUAGGAACGACGUCGAGCAACGAAAGCCUGGCCGGUCUGGAUUGGGAAAAGGAUCCGGGAAGUCUGCCACCGAUUAACCCGCCAGCAUCAUCGCAUUACAGGAACGAAGCACCUUCUCCCGUGCCGGCGUCUGUGUUGUUCCCGCCUAUUUCCACUAGGUUUCGGUAGAGCCUGUCAAAUCAAAACUAAAUUGUAAGCAGAGCCGGGGGGGGUCGGGAAUUCGACAUUUUGAAAAUAUCCCAAAAUUCGAAAAAAAAAAAACGUUCAAUCCAAAAGUUCUGUUUAAAAGCGUUUUCGGUUUGGGAUUGUACCCGAAGUUGAAGUGAAAAUACGGAUACCUACUUCGACUCUGAUUAUAUAAGUUUAAUCAAAUCAAAAUAUUUUUGUUAACCGUGCCAAUUUGCAU